AAAUUCAACAACAUAACAUUAUAAAAAAAAUGGAAUAUUUAAAGAGUUGAACAAUAAUAUUUUCGUAUUAGGAAAAAGAAAAUAGCUAUGGGUUCAUCAAAGAUUUCAGCAAUGUUGUUCAUUUGUAUGAUUUUCAUGUCAAUGUGUUUGUUACCACCAACUUAUGCUGAUCAAUGCCCUUGUACUCCUCCUUAUCAACGACCUAGUCCACCUGGCGGUGCUCCGCACCCGCCACAUCAUCACCCUCAUCCACCUAAGUCCCCCGGUAGGCCCCGCCCUCCACCAUCGACUCCACGUCCACACCCACCGACCACCAAACCGCCACCUCAUCAUGGUGGGCCACCACCUAGGGUUUUGCCACCUAUCGUCUUUCCGCCACCUGUCGUGUCACCUCCUAUCACUCAUCCACCUGGCGUUUCACCUCCAAUCACUCGCCCGCCACCUGCCAUUUUACCGCCUAUUGUCAAUCCACCUGGCAUUUCACCUCCAAUCACUCGCCCGCCACCUGGCAUUUUACCGCCUAUUGUCAAUCCACCUGGCAUAAUCCCUCCAAUCACACGGCCACCUGGCAUAAUCCCUCCAAUCACAAACCCUCCCGGGGUUUUCCCACCAAUAACAAAUCCUCCUGGAGGUGGAGGAGGUGGAUUUCCACCACCAUCUGGUGGUGGUGGUGGCGGGUAUCCUCCUUACGCACCUCCUGGUGGAGGUGCACCACCUGGCGGAGGCGGAGGUGGAGGUGGAGGGAUACCAGGUAUUGUUCCACCUCCACCCGCCACGUGUCCUAUAGAUGCAUUGAAACUUGGGCUUUGUCUUGAUGUACUUGGAGGAUUAGUACAUAUUGGGAUAGGUAAUCCAGUGGAACAUAUAUGUUGCCCAGUAUUACAAGGAUUGCUAGAGCUAGAAGCUGCUAUUUGUCUAUGCACAACUAUAAGGCUUAAACUUCUAAACCUAAAUAUUUUCCUACCACUAGCACUUUCUGUUCUUGCAACAUGUGGUUUAACUCCUCCUCCUGGUUUUGUUUGUCCUCCUCUUGUUUGAAUUAAUUACUAGGUUAUGUUUGGUCUUCUAUUUGUAAUAUUUUGUAAGAGGUAAAAACAAUGCAAAUAAUUAUGAGUUCCUAA